AUGACGAGACAUGCAAGGAACUGUACAGCUGGUGCUGUGUACACAUAUCACGAAAAGAAAAAAGAUGCUGCAGCAUCUGGUUAUGGUACCCAGAACGAAAGACUUGGCAAGGAUUCAGUCAAGAGCUUUGACUGCUGUAGUUUAACUUUACAGCCCUGCAGAAACCCUGUCAUUAGUAAAGAUGGGUACUUAUUUGAUAAAGAAGCUAUUCUAGAGUACAUUAUCAGUAAAAAAACUGAAUAUACACGUCAAAUGAAGAAAUAUGAGAAACAGUUGAAGAAAGAUGAAUCCGAGAAAGCAGAACUUGCUGCAGCUGAAAAAGAAGCAAAUUUGAUCAAAUUUAUGAACAGAGAGAAAAAUAUUAGCAGCAAGAACAAAGAAUCGGAAGCCGGACCAUCAUCGUCUGUGUCAAAUCUUUUAAAUAAUGAAACAAAACAACUACCGAGCUUUUGGGUGCCUUCCCAAUUGCCAGAAGCUAAAUUUAGCAAAAUGGACAAGCCCGACCCCACAGUCUAUUGCCCGAUAAGUGGAAAACCAUUGAAAAUGAAGGAUUUGAUAGAUGUGAAAUGGACCUUAGUAAAUGACCCAGAUGAUAAAAAAUCAUUAAUUGCUAAGGAAAACAGAUACAUGUGCCCUGUAACUCAUGACAUACUGAGCAAUGCUGUACCAUGUGUUGUUAUCAGGACAACAGGUGAUGUUGUUACAUUAGAAUGUGUUGAGAAAAUCAUCAAGAAGGACUGGAUACACCCACUCACUGGAGAUAAGUUGAAAGAGAAGGACAUUAUACCGAUGCAGCGAGGUGGAACUGGAUAUGCACUCACCAAUCAAAACUUGGAGGGCAAGAAUGAACGGCCAGUUCUACAGGCUUAA